UCUGUACUUCUAUUUGUCUUCGAUAAAGUCCUUGGCGGGUCGGCGUUGGAUCGAGUGCUCGAUAUUCUUGCUUGGUUGCUUGUUCAAAGCAGCAUGGCAGAAAACAGCGAAAUCCACGAACCUUUUUCUAAAAUUGCCAGACUCUCCGAAGAGGCACCUCUCAGCCUCACCUUCCUCAAGGUAAAGAAGCUUUCUUCCAAUGCCAUAUUGCCUUUCAGAUGUUCUUCUCUUUCUGCUGGAUAUGAUCUCUCCAGUGCUGCAGAGGUCAAAGUUCCGGCUAGAGGGAAAGCUCUUAUUCCUACCGAUCUCAGCAUUGCUAUACCAGAAAAUACUUAUGCACGAAUCGCUCCAAGAUCAGGACUGGCAUGGAAGCAUUCGAUUGAUGUGGGCGCAGGUGUUAUAGAUGCUGAUUACAGGGGGCCUGUUGGUGUUAUACUGUUCAACCAUUCAGAUUUGGAUUUUGUCGUAAAGCCUGGCGAUCGUAUUGCUCAGCUGAUUAUUCAGAAAAUUAUAACUCCAGAUGUUGUUGAGACUGAAGAUCUCGAUUCUACUAUUCGUGGAGCUGGCGGAUUUGGAUCAACUGGGGUGUGAGUGAAUGGGAAGUUAGCUAAAAUUACAUUUUUGAUCUUUAAUUUGUGGAAGGUAGCUACUGAAGCUUGUAUUAUCAUCUAAAUACAUGUAUUUAUAUUUCCACCACCAAAUUCUCUUGCAAAACAUAUUAAAUUUCAUUAUCAAUGACUUUGUGUUACAAACAAAUGCACACAUUUAAAUACAUGU